CCUAGACUCUAACAUAACCAGCGUAAGACGAGCUGAUAGUGCGUCUACAGUUGUGCGUAUAUCUUUGCAAAUAAGUCUGAUGAGGAAUGUAUGCGAGAACUGCGAACAUCAGGGCCCUUUAUAACCACAACGUUCUCCGUGAAAGUGUUUUAGUGCCAUUUCUGCAAUGAACGUGAGCGCGCCGUCAACAUCCCUUAACAUCUUCAUGCACGCGCGUAGCGGAGACGGAGGAGCAGCAGCAGCAACAAUCAUGGAGUCCAGGCAGCAGCUAGCAGCAGCAGCUCGACAGAGUCCACAUCUGUAGCUCUUUUUAAAACUGAAAGGUUUGGGUCAGUGAGAUGGGAGCUGUUUAAUACGGAUGUUCGUGCUUUCCUUCAGAUUACAGUUUUUCUCCUGGAAGAUUUGCAUUGGGUUGCUUUUCUGUUCCCGGCAAAACAUCGCUCAGCAUUUGCUUCCGUGCAUUCCUUCCGAUGAGAGGUAGAAUUUGCUUAUUUAUAGAUACUCGGUGCUAAAAAAAGAAUCCGUCUUCGGGGGGGGAUUUCUUAUGUUCUGAACAGCCCGUUUUGAAUGUUAAAUUGGAGAUAUAUGGGAUUGUAUUGCUUGAUUUCAUUGCAGCGGGGGCUGACACAAUUGUUUCUAUGCACGUAAAAACCGAGCCCGGAUCAUAUUAUUUAUCGGCUGAAAAAUCAAAAUAUAGUAGCACUGACCUUCAAAUAAACAUAAAGACUGCUACGUUGAAUACAGAUUGAUCGACGUUGUGAAAAAAAAGGGAAAGAAAAUGUUGCCUUCACAAGAAGCCUCCAAGCUUUACCAUGACAACUACAUGAGAAACUCCAGAGCAAUCGGGGUGCUAUGGGCAAUCUUUACCAUAUGCUUCGCAAUCAUAAACGUGGUGGUCUUUAUCCAGCCCUACUGGAUCGGGGACAGUGUCAAUACCCCCCGGGCCGGGUAUUUCGGCUUAUUUCACUAUUGCGUGAGCUACGGCACAUCAAACAGAGAGCUCACCUGCCAAGGUACCUUCGGGGAUUUCAGCUCCAUCCCUUCAAGCGCCUUCAAGGCAGCCUCGUUCUUCGUACUGCUGUCCAUGGUGCUGAUCCUGGGUUGUAUCGCCUGCUUCGCUCUCUUCUUUUUCUGCAACACCGCUACAGUCUACAAGACGUGUGCGUGGAUGCAGCUUCUCUGUGCUGUCUGCCUUGUUUUUGGCUGCAUGAUUUUCCCCGAUGGCUGGGAUGCUGAAGUGGUUCAAGAUUUGUGUGGCAUAGAAACUAGCAAGUACACCUUGGGAAACUGCUCGGUCCGCUGGGCCUACAUACUCGCCAUCAUCGGCAUUCUGGAUGCCCUCAUCCUUUCUUUCCUCGCCUUUGUGCUUGGGAACAGACAAAACGAUUUCCUGCAAGAGGAGCUCAAGGCUGAGAAUAAAGAUUUUGCUGCUACUACGAUUGAAGUCCGGGACUGCAGACAAGCAAGGUGUGGAGUCCGUCAGUUUCGCUGAGGAGAAGACCCUCGGCGCUCUCAAUUUGCACUUUCUACUCAUCCAUCGUUCCCUCUACUACGGUUUCCCCUCUCCAGGAUAGUACGCCAGCUUGUUCAGGACUUGGAAUUCAUAAAUACAGCACAGUUUGUAAAAUACGUGAAGAUGAAAAAAAAAAAAACAACAAAAGAUCACUUGUACAAAUGGUCACUUCAGCUUUACUACUAAAAAAAAAAAAAAAGAGAAAAAACAAAAACAUAAAGAAAAACAACACCUCUGGGAAAAAAUGCUUCCACGCAGCGGAGUUUUCUUUAUUUUCUUUUCCUGUUUCAAUUUCCAGCUAUAAAAGUGAAAUAAUAAACAAUGUGUAAAUAGUUAAAUAAAAGAUUUGGUGUUAAACAUUUUGGAAGACAGUUCACCAGCACUCAGGUGCAACUUGAAAAAGACGAAGCGGACGAAAACUGAAAGAAAUCCUCGUUUUUUGUUUUUCUUUUUGUACAGCACAGUGUGAUUUCUCGGACUCUUCUUUUAUCGUUGAAGAAACUGAAUCAUACCAUUUUAUUUCAUAUUUCUAUGUGUUGAUAGCCCCGAGAAGUGGUACUAAAGAUAUAAAAGAAUGAACUGUAAUAUUAAUAGCAGGGUCAUUCAUAUACAUGCUGUAUACAUAAGUAACCAUGUAGUGCCCUCUAGACAGACGUCCAUUGAGGCCAUAAAGGUCAGCGUCAUGUUGCUAAAACGCUUGGUUUUAGGAUCGUCAACAGGAGAAGGGUAAUGACCUUUUUUUUCAUAAAUCCCACUUUAACAUCGCCUAGGUGUCCAAAGCAUGUACUUUACUAGAAACCAGCUAACAGCCUGCUCUGCUUUAACACUAUAUGCAUUUUAAUCAAUCACAAGAGUUCUGUUUGGUUUGAUUUAGUUGUGAAUUGUAAAGGUGGAUUAAACACGGAAUUUAUUAACAAAGGAUUGUUCUUUUUAAAAGGUGCUUUGGCCUUCUAUUCGAGACGAUGCAUUAGUUACAGAUCAUGAUUUGUGUGGGUGUGUGUGUGUGUGUUUGUCUGUUGUCUCCUUCUUCAAACAAUCAUCACCCUGAAGAGCAUGAGACUAGAAACGCCUGGGACGUGUGCAUCACAUUGCAGAUGAACAUGCAGUACAACAUCUGUGUGUUUACGCACAGCAGGCAUCGGACACAUCAUAUAUUUACUGUAUUUAUAUCCAUUAGAGACGGUCUGUAUAUAUCUGUAUACAUUACAUAUGUGGGGGUGUGUGUGUGUGUUUGUUCAGAUUCAUACAGUUAAGAAAAAAUAAGCAACACUCAUGUAUUUAUAUUAUAAACCUGAAUGCUCAAACAUACAGGCAGCGCGUAAAGUCGGAGGCAUUCAUAAACAAACGAAAAAGAAAAUCUAUUUUUUAAAUUUGUAUUUAGUCCAACUGUUUCCACUCGAUUCUGUUUCUGCUGCGUACCCAUGAAGAGUAAAUGCGCCAUAUUGUACGUAACAAUGGGUAAUCCGUAAGAACUCAUUCACUACUGAACGAGACGUCCUCAAAGGUUUUAUAUUUUAAAAAUGCCAUGCCUUUUAAUGGCACACUAUGCAGGGUCUUUAUUAGCAUCUUACCUGCACUCUGUUGAAGAUCUAAGUAGAGUUUAGGACUCUUUCGUACCCUCGGUUUGCACCCCGUCCACUAAAGCAGUACACGUUUCUCUUGUUUCCUUUGCUUUGAGAUAUAAACGAGAUGUUCAAUGAGAUGUGUGGAGAACUUUUCUUAUCAGCCACUCUCACCUACAUGAAGAAAACUUGCUUUAUAGUUUUACCAUACAGUGUGUAACAGUGUAUAUAUCUAUAUAUAUAUACCUGCUCUAUUACCUGUAAAUAACUUAAUAAUUCAAAUAACGAGUCAUGAUUGAUUUUAUCAAAACAAAAAAAAAAUAACCUAAUCAUAUCAAAAUUUGUUACUUUCCUUUGUGGAUGAUGAGAUUUAAAAUGAUUAAAAAGUGAAGUAAUCUUUUCAUUAAGUGGUAAAGAAAAUGGAUAUAAAAUAGAACAAGCAUUAAUAAAAAAUAAUGUUUUCUUUUUACAAAAAGUCAUCAAUUGUGUCAAUAUUUCUUGUUAUUAUGGCCCCAUGUCCUAAACUUGUCUGAAUGUUUAGUUGCCACGAGAAAGGAAUCAGUCUAAAAAUAUUACAGACCUGAUGGACUUACUAUCUAUGGUACAUAAACACACAAAAUUAAACUGGAUUUAGAUCAAAUGAACACAUCAGCCGAACAGAAUUCUUUUUCGAUAUGUGUAGAAGUUCUCCUGCUUUUCAAGAAACGUGCCUUCAAAAGAAGACGUUUUUGGCUCGGGAGGCACGCAGUUUUUGAGCCGAUCGUUCGACUCCCAGCCACCAAGCAGACCAACGACUUCUUAAGGAUUCUUGGAGGUGUCCCAUGGUCAGGCUCGUGUUCUUGCUGUGUUAAGGUUAAGAGCAUAUAGAGAGCAUCAGAAAGCUCACUAUGUGAAAUUAACCUGCACUGGUGAUUGCCUGUAUUUCACAUAAAAAUAACUAAACAUUACUGAAAAGUGGGCUUCUUAAAUGGCCAUGAAAUGAGAAGAGCUCACCCGACCAGCAGUUAAUGCCAUUCCAGUAUGAAGAGUCAAACAUCACGUUUUACGCCAGCUCCAUGCUUUAUUCGGUAUUAUAAAAAUUUGACAUGCCCUUGUGUGGAUUAAUUAAAACAAGAAAGGAGCAUCCAUGAUUAUCUGAGCUUCAUAGACUGAUCUUGUCAAUGAGCAGGUGAAUGCUGCCAGCAGGUCUGUCACAGUAACAAUAACAUAUUGUUCUCUCCUCAUCUCUCCAUAAUGAAUGACCACUGCUCACUCAAACUCAUAUCCAUGAUGGACUCUUUCUAAGGAUCAACCUACAGAUAGAAGAAGAGUAUCUCACACCCAUACCGUCUCCUUUUUAAUCAGGAGGCAAUGGGGGAUCUCAAACUCCAGUCCUGGAAGGCCCCAGAGGCUGCAGGUUUUCAUUCGAACCCUUUUCUUAAUUAGUG